ACGUCAGAUUUCAGUAUUCCAAGAUGGCGGAGGUGAGCAGGCUGAGGAGCAGAAAUCACUUCGAACCCAACUGCAAAAACCAAGUCAUAGACGAAGGCCUGAGUGGUGUGGAAGAUGUCCCCAUUUAUCGACAUAAGAAAAAGUCUCCUUUAGCCAGACCUGAAGACCUGGAGGACGUGUUGCUCCCCGCAUCCAUGACUUCCAAUAUGGGCAAACAUGACAGCCUCACCCCCUCACCAGAUGAAGGCAUUGAAGAAGAAGAGCCUCUGGUAGAGGAAGACAAGGCAAGGCCCAUCCAAAUUGUCCUGGCCAAUGAGGAUGAGCACAGCUUUGAGCUGGACGCCACGGCGCUGGAGAAGAUCUUGCUGCAGGAUCAUGUGAAAGACCUGAACGUGGUGGUCGUGUCUGUGGCCGGGGCCUUUCGCAAGGGCAAGUCGUUCCUGUUGGACUUCAUGCUGCGCUACAUGCACAAUCAGGAAACCAGCUCAUGGAUUGGAGGCGAUGAUGAGCCUCUCACAGGGUUCACCUGGAGGGGAGGCUGUGAAAGGGAGACCACAGGAAUUCAGGCAUGGAGCGAAGUGUUCGUGGUGGACAAGCCUGAUGGCAGCAAGGUGGCCGUGCUCCUGGUUGACACUCAGGGAGCGUUUGACAGCCAGUCCACUAUAAAGGAUUGUGCAACUGUGUUUGCCCUCAGUACAAUGACCAGCUCUGUACAGGUGUACAAUCUCUCCCAGAAUAUACAGGAGGAUGAUCUGCAGCAUUUGCAGCUCUUCACAGAAUAUGGCCGACUGGCAAUGGAGGAGAUUUACCUAAAACCUUUCCAGUCUCUGAUGUUCCUGAUACGGGACUGGAGUUAUCCUUAUGAACAUUACUAUGGUUUGCAAGGAGGGAAUGCUUUCCUGGAGAAAAGACUGCAGGUUAAACAGAACCAACAUGAAGAGCUGCAGAACGUGAGGAAACACAUUCACUCCUGCUUCUCCAACAUCGGCUGCUUCUUGCUGCCACAUCCUGGCCUCAAGGUUGCCACCAACCCGUACUUUGACGGCAGGCUGAAAGACAUUGAUGAUGAUUUUAAAAAGGAGCUGGCCCAUCUGGUGCCUCUCCUCCUGGCUCCAGAGCGGCUGGUAGUGAAGGAGAUAGGAGGAAACAAAGUCACCUGCAGAGAUCUUCUGGAGUACUUCAAGGCCUACAUAAAGAUAUACCAAGGGGAGGAGCUGCCUCACCCAAAGUCUAUGCUACAGGCAACAGCAGAGGCCAACAACUUGACCGCUGUGGCAGGAGCCAAAGAUUUGUACGGCAAGAACAUGGAGCAGAUCUGUGGAGGAGACAAGCCCUACAUCGCCCCGGCUGAUCUGGAGCGCUGCCACGAGGAGUUCCGUGAACACUCGGUGCGUUUGUUCCGCUCUGUGAAGAAAAUGGGUGGUGAAGAGUUCUGCCAGCGCUACCAGAGCCAGCUCGAGGGCGAGCUGGAUGAGGCCUAUACCAAUUUCUGCAAACACAACGAUGGCAAAAACAUCUUUUAUGCAGCACGCACGCCGGCCACACUAUUCGCCGUCAUGUUUGUCACCUACAUAGUGUCCGGGGUGACGGGCUUCAUCGGUCUGAGCACCUUUGCAGCGCUCGCUAACAUGGUCAUGGGCAUCGCGCUGCUGUCACUCUGCGUGUGGGCGUACGUGAAGUAUUCGGGAGAGUUUCGAGAAGUGGGAACGAUGAUAGACCUGGUGGCUGACACACUCUGGGAACAGGUUUUGAAGCCACUAAGUGAACAUUAUAUGGAGGACAACGUGAGGCAGACGGUGGUUAACUCUAUCAAAGCCAGCUUGGCAGAACAAAGCUCACAGAAACCCAAGUUAAAGACUCACUGAUGCCCCCCCCCCCUUCCCCGUUAUGUCCAUCACUCUCCCGCCCAAUUGCUGUCCAGUCCUAGAACUGUGGAACUAGUUCAACACCAAAGCUGACCCUGUUUUGUUUAUUUUUAUGUUUCGUCCCCACCCCUGCCCAUCAUGGCUUGUCUGUCCUGCUCUUCAUCGCCCCCCAGUGCCUCACGCCUCAUACUACACGUUCAUGAAAGGACCGAGCAGAGAAGUCAGUGUCAUCACCUCAUGCCAAAAACCACCUGACCUGUAGGAUCUUGUCGUGUGCCUUUGCUGCGACACACACACACACUCAGUCGCUGCUGCUGCUAGCGGACCGCAGUGAGUGAAAACGGACAUCACUGGGAAACCGCUAACAACGCUGGAUGCAGACUGAGAAUUGCAUGGAAUCAUGUCCUACAGGGCAGACGGUUUACUUCUGCUUUGGCUCGAUAAUCACAACUCCAGCGGCCAAAACCGACUCAUUCACUCAGAAAACUUAAUGAGGUGAUUCUCUGAAAUAAUUCUGCCAAAGCAAAAGUAAAUGCGGGAGCGACAGCGGUCUGUACGGAAAAGCAGGAAGUAAAUUGAUGCUGUAUUUUUUUUUCUUUUCUUUUGCCUCCAUAUUGAACACAUUACCAGAUAUUUGUAUAAUCAAACUGGGCUCAGGUUGCUUAUAGAGAAGAUGUUUGCAAAUCUCAGUGUCCCUUUUAAUUAUUGCGAGGGGUAACUGCAGCGCUGUAUGGAGCCUCCAUUUUUUUUUUUUUUUUUUUUUUUUAGCGGUUUUUGUGUUUUCCUGAUUAUAGAUUUGGCGAGACGUUUGAAGUUAACUUCAGUGUAUCGUAGUGAACCUGCCAGGUUCGUCUUUCUGCAUGCUGUUAAGAGCUUUUAGAGCCCAGCUAGAGACGAGUCGUAUAUAUUUUAAACCAUUUUCUCAUCCACUGCCUUCCAUUAAAGCUGCACUGGUACUGGCUGGUUGUAGAAACGGUGAGUUUGAUGUUCCUGGUCAUUCAUGGGUUUGAUUGUUGCUCUGUAAAGAUGGAAUCAAGGGAAAGAUCCAACCACAUCUCCGUACCCCUCAAACUCGGAAUAUUCUUUCAAAACAAUCGUUUGUAACUGGACAGAACCAGGCCGGUAGUUUCUCUCCGUUUCCAGUCUUUAUGCUUGGUGAGGUAUUCAUACACUUCUGUCACUUUAUAUUUAACCAACUGACAUGAGCGGUGAGGACCACAUCAGCUCAACUCUCAGCAGGAACGGGUUCAGGUAUUCCUUUAACCCGAGGUCUAAUUCACUCUGCUGCUCAGCCUUUUGUCGUCACAGCUGGGUUUCCAGAAGCAGCUGAAUGUGUUUCACUGAGAAAAAUCUGUUUUUAGUUGGCAACACUAACGGCUGCAUCUGUCUGAGCUCUUUUGUGUUGAUUCCAUCCACGAUUUCUCACCACAAGCGCCAGUCUCCUGCUGUACGGUCUCUGUCAUACUACAAAUCAGGCAUGUAUGUUAAGUAUUUAAAUAAACUUUGUACACAUUUUAUAGAGAAUCGGUUGUCAAGGUUGCUUUUUUUGCCUCUGAUCAGCUGGCCAGUCUGGUUUGUUUAGGAAUAAAUUGCUGUUGUAGGUUUACAGUAGUUUCUCCUGUUCUUAAGGGUCGUUAGCAGACGCAUGGUGUGAAUACUUGUAUCCUUACAGGACUUUCUUCUGAGAUGGAGACCAUGUCUGACUGACUUUUAAAAUUAUCUGGUAAUUUAUUUUUGAAUAAAAUGUUUACCUCAAGAAUAAAUCAUCUACACAGCU